CUUCUUCCCCCCCCCAUCCCCUCCCCGGCAGGAACUCCUGUCAGCUGAACGGCAGCACCUCUUCGCUCCCCCGGCACCAUCCACAGGAGUCCGGCGGCUGCUCUCGGGGCGUUUCGGGGAGGGGAGGGGAAAAUCCAAGGGCUGAAAGAUGUCUAACUCUAAAAAGAAAAUGGAGUUUGGCAUUGUCACCCCUUGAGAAGUGAGAUCCUGCUCCAAUGCUGGGAGACGCCCAGCUGCAGCCAGCAGCACCUCAGCUCCCGUGAUCCCAAAUCUUUUGCCUUCCAAAUCCACGUCUGAAGUCUGAUCACUUGAUUCUGCCUGCUAGUACCACAAAUGGCUACUCAGAGAAAGCACUCUGUGAAAGAUUUCAACCCAUAUAUCACCUGCUGCAUCUGUAAAGGGUAUUUGAUCAAGCCAACUACCGUCACCGAGUGCCUCCAUACUUUCUGCAAGAGUUGUAUUGUGCAACACUUUGAAGACAGCAAUGAUUGCCCCAGGUGUGGCAAUCAAGUACAUGAGACCAAUCCAUUAGAAAUGUUACGGCUGGAUAAUACUUUAGAAGAAAUUAUAUUUAAGCUGGUUCCAGGACUUCGAGAGAAAGAAUUGCACCGUGAAGCUGAAUUCUGGAAGAAAAACAAACCUAUAGAAAAUGGAGAAGAAGAAAAUUCAAAUUCUGAAAAUCCUAAAGAUGGUGAAAAUGGAGAUGAAAACCAAGAAGAUAAAGACUAUCACAGGAGUGACCCACAGAUUGCUAUUUGUCUGGAUUGUUUACGUAACAAUGGGCAGUCUGGUGAUAAUGUAGUCAAAGGGUUGAUGAAGAAAUUCAUCCGGUGUUCUACACGAGUAACUGUAGGAACCAUCAAGAAAUUUCUAAGUUUAAAAUUAAAACUUCCAAGUUCUUAUGAGCUGGAUGUACUAUGCAAUGGGGAAAUCAUGGGGAAGGAUCAUACUAUGGAAUUCAUCUACAUGACAAGAUGGAGACUACGAGGCGAAAAUUUUCGGUGUCAGAACUGCUCCUCAUCACAAGUCUGCUCACAGGAUGGCUCUUUUUAUCAGUCUUAUCCCAUGGUACUCCAGUAUCGACCCAGAAUUGACUUCAGUUAAACCAAAGGGCCAGAUUCUACUGAGAUUAAACCUGCACUAUGUUGUUUACCCAUCGACAGAUUGCACAAUGAAUGGAUGUGCCUGGAUUGGGGGGGGAGGGGGGGAAACCACUCGAAUUUCAACCUGCGAAUAUGGACUUCUCUUCAGCUGAUCAAUUACUUUGUCCCUGCUGUUAGAGUAAACCAAGUGCCAUUCUACAACUGAAACAUUCAUGAUAUAUUUGUGGCAUCAAAGACUGUAAAUUAUAGCCAAAUCAUUAAAUGUAUAGUCCAGAGUCAGAAUCUCUCGAAUAUUUGCUUUGCCUGAUAGAAAACUUAAAUGGUUCCAUAACACCGAUUACAUUAGAAAAAAUAGCUGUCUUCUAUUUCUCUUGUGGUAUCAUUGGUUUUUUCCCCACAUGUACUGUUUUACUGAAGAAAAAGUUGUUUAAAAGUACUGUAUGAAAGGUUAAAAACUAUACCUUUAAAUAUUUUGUAUAUAAUACAUGUUUCAGAAACGUGGUUAUUUUACUCGUUCAGAUUCUCAUAGAAUCUGAUGUAGUUCACUCAUUAAUAUACAGUGAUCAUUUAGCAGUAUCUGAAGAGUUAGAUUUUGUAUCAAAGGAGUUAAAAACAUCUAGACUGAAUUGAACUUGACUAGUACAAUAUCAAAUGGUCUCCUUCAAUAAUACACAAAACUUAAAGUUUUGAUUUGGACUAAUAGCACAUUGUUACAUGUGCAGCAGGUAAAAUAAGAGUUUUUAAAAUAAGAGAUAUAUUUAAAUUUUAUUGUAAUUUAACUAAAAAGAAAAACUAUCGUGAAAACUUUAUUCUCAAAGUGUGGCUUAUAUUUUUAAUUGCUGCUUUCCCUUUGAAAUUUGGUAAUAAUACUAGAAAGUUGUGGGUUGAAAUUGGUGGUCUUAAAUGUGUUGGAUUACAUCCACUGAAAUGGCAUUUGCUUCGGUAUUCUUUAAACAUAUUCAGUAAUAUGCAUCAGUACAUUAUAAAAUGAGCCGGUUAAUUGCAUCACAGCCCAGUCUAGGUUUACCAGGAAUCUUACUGUUGUUAUGAAAUGGGUUAUCAAGUGUGAAAUUCAAGUAAAUUUGAAUGGUUACAAAGCUAUCUGACCAAAACUACUGGAUGUUCAGGGUGUUUGGUUUUUUUCAUAACAGUAGUGUUCAAAAAUAUUAAAUGGUUGCCUUAGGUAUUAUAUGUGAAUUCUUGUUCAAUAAUGUUGUGCUAUGGAUAUUACUGCAGAAAUCACAAUGUAUUGUAUACUGUUUUUUCCUCGUCUUCCAUUACUUUUUUGCAGUUAAAAACAAAGGUAACAGUCAAAUUUAACUAUUUGUAUAAUUUUUAAUAAACAUCAUUCUUUAUAUAGUAAAUUACAUACCAUAAGACAAGUAAUUCACUCUAGAAAACUAGUUUUGGAAACUAAGCUCGAAUUCUGUAUGCCUUCCUUGUAAUACAGCGGUCUUGUAAGUAAAAGCAUAUAAAAUAGAUCAUUAUUUCUAGGGGGAAAACAUUCUAUUUGCACCAGGUCAAAUCCCACACUAAUAGACCUGGUUCUAAAGCUCUAGUCCAGAGUAAUCAGCUGUACAUAGAUUAAAAUACUGUGCAAUGCUUGUUAUGCCUGGGGCCAGUACUUUCUGACAAAUAUAGAGAAUUCUCAGAUAAAUGUUAAAUCAUCUGUUAAAUGUUCUCAGCUCAUUGAAAAAGUAUCAUUUGUACAUGCUUUUUUUGUUAGAUGCAAUAGGUUGGAUCCAAAUGCCAGUUUCAGCUCCUGCCUAGGAGAUUUUUUUUCUUUUUUAAAUAGUUAAAUGUGCCCUAUGGCAUACCAAAACAAUAUUUUUGCUGUUCCCUUCCAUUUUCAAAGCAGCUGAUACAUUGCUUUCGAAGCUACUUUUAAAUAUACAAAACUUUGGGCCCAUGGAACUCAUUCUGUGAAUCUUUGUCAGAAUUUUGUAUAUUCUGAUUGGGUUUACCCAUUGUGCUUUGUCAUCACAAAGUUUGUUGGGUUUUGGCUUAGCUUAUGCUGUGAACCCAUGUGGUUUGCAAACUAUGAUUGAUGGCUUUGAUGACAUAUUAACCCAGCCAGUUAUGAUUUAUCCAAUAAAUCAAUCAUGCCAUAACACCGAAGAAGUCAGAUCUAGUUGGGGACCUGAUUACAUAAAGUUGUACAUAAAGCUCUUUCAGUCUUCAGUUUAAUAUGUAUAUAAUGACAACAGAUUUCUUAAUGCAUUCAGUGUCUUAAGAAUGGCUUUGAAUAUUCCCUUCAAGCAAGGGGGUAAAUAUAUGUGUGUGUGUGUGUGUGAUUUGUGGGUUUUGUUCCAUAAUUCUGAAUAACACCCAACGCUGCAAUUCCCAUAUUCCUGGGACAAAUGACUAUGAACCUAGAAGUAUGUAUGUCUCCCGAUGGAGAAGAUACAUAGGGCAUUACUUUCUACUUUAUCCUAAACCCUAGGAAAUGGACGCAUAGUUCAAAUUUUCAGGGUUUUUGCGGGAAUCUAAAUUUGCCUGCUCCUGGGACAUCUUAUCAAUAUAGAUCAGUCCUACAUAAUGCCUUUAUCACUUUUUUUCUGGUAUUUUUUGCAAUUAAUUGAAAGAUCUUCCACUAUUGCUGAGCAAACAUAGCUAACUCAUCAGCAGUGAGACUUAUCUGUCCCAAUACUAAGAGGAAGCAUCUAGUCUUUUUCUCAUGUCAGCACUCUAUCAGUCAGAGCAUUGUUAAAAUUAAACAUUCAUGCAACUGUAAAAGCAUUCUUGAUUUUACAAUUAAGUAUGUGCACAAUCUCUGUUUCAGGUUUCCUCUGCAGAAUGAGUAAUUAUUGCUUUAUCUUGUCUCAUUAGAAGAAAUGUAAUAUUCCAUGGGUUAAUUCCAACUGAUCUGUGUUACAUUUCCAAUCUCCUAUUUCUUAUUAUACUGUAGAGGACUGAAGCGUUUUGUCCUAAUCUGCCAAAAUAUUUUCUGCUGUACCUAGCAGGGAUUUUGCCUUUUGCUAUACAAAAAGACCGUAUGAAAACAAAUGUUUGUGCUCUGAGGUAAAAAGAAAAACUUUCAACAACAAUUCAAUGAAUUUUCAGAUUUCAGAACCAGCUUAUUUCAUUAUUUCAUUGUUGUAAUAUUAUUUAGCCAUGAUUGGUAAAAAAAUUUCCAAUUGAGUUGGGGGGGGAAAGCAUAUAAAAGUCCAAGAUAUGACUUCUCAGCUGUGAAAGUAAAAGCCUUAAAAUAUUUCUUGCACAUCUAACCUCCUUGUGGCCUAAAAAUUUGCAUUUCUGAUACAGGUGCAUUGUACCUCUACACUGUAGAUGCUUUUUGUCAAAAUUCACAUCAUGUUAAUAUAGUGAUAGAGAAUCUGAGCAUUUCCUUGUAAACAUGAAGAGAGGCUUUUAUUUAGCCACUGAACCAAAAAUCCCUAAUACGCUUUUACUUUACAGUAAUUUUUCACAAAGCGACACAAAGGAAAUGAAAUUAUCCAUUGAAAGCAAUAAAACAAAAUUUAGUUGGGGAGUAGGUUCCCUUUUCAUCAGUAUCCUAUUCACUUUAGAUGCUUGUGAAUGUGGCAUGUGUACUCAGGCUUAUUUCAAAAUACGUCCUUUUCUCUGAACAAGAGGAAACUGCAGGAGGUCUACAGCAGGGGUGUCAAACUCGAUUUCAUUAAGGGCUACAUUAGAUUGUGUUUGACCUCGGGGGCUGGGUGGGCGUGGCCAACUCAAACCCAAAGCUAACCUUCUCUGAGCCAGUCCUUGAGUAUUGAGACACACCCCACCACACCCAGGCCUAUACACAGUUAUAGUUCUGGCCACGCCUAACUUACUAUAUCUAAAUGCUAUUAACCCUAUAACAUGUCUACAUCCCUAACCUAUUCUGAUCCUCACUAACUGAUCCCCACCUGGUUCCACUUUCACCAUGUCUUAACUUAAUGCUUAAUUACCACCUAUAUGUGCCCCAACCCCCUCUAACAAUAUACACCACAUCAAUACAUGAAAGAAACCAUUCCCAGCCCCGCAGUUGCUUCAGAAUCCAUCCUGCAGCUCACAGCUCUGCUGACUCAUUCUACAGCAACCUUCAACAUCAUCAGCUAGCACACAAGCAGCAAUACAGAUCCGGCGUCAGCAAAGCUAAGGUAAUAUUCUCCACUGCCAGCUGACUUGCUGCGAGGUGUGUUCGGAGCUGAAGGGCUCCAUAGCGAACUCAGAGCCCAACAGGUGAGCGUGGCCAGCUCAACGUCCUGCAGCAAGCCAGCUCAACGUCUCUGCCAGCAAAAAUGGAGCUCAGAAGGCUGUCCUGAACUCCAUUUUCGCUGGCAGAGGUUCUGCAAGUCAGUCCUUUGCUGUUUCCAGGAUAGCCCGACAGGCCAGAUCUAACCACCCUGCAGGCCAGAUCUAGCCCGUGGGCCUUGAGUUUGACACCCCUGGUCUACAGGGUGUCAGUGGCUUGUGUGGCAUGAUGACAUAAUCAUGAGGUGACUUUACCUACUAACAUCAAAUGCCAUGAGGCCAUUGAUAAAAGUUGUAUGACCACAUCAUUUAUCCAGUGAUGUUUAGAUGUCACUGUGACUCAUAAUGUACACUGCUGCUACGAAAUACUGUAGUUCAGGAGAGAGGCUAAAUCUUUUUAGGUAGAAAAGUCUCAAAAUAAUUGGCAUCUUCAGCUAAAUAAUGAGUUGUAUUUGGAAGUAUAGAUAAUUCCCUACAGUAUGUGGAGAUAGUACUGAGUUAGAUAGUACUGAUAGUACUACUGUAAAACAUUUUAAUAUACAGUACUUUGAAAGAGAAUGUGUUUGCUAUAUUGAAGCAAAUGGCUUUAUUUAAAUGUUACGGUUCAGUUUUAUCUGUCUGCACAAACACAAAGGUAAUACUUUUUUUUUCUUUUGUUAAUGAUAGUUUAGCUAGCUAGUUAGCUGUAAUACACUUUCCAGUUACCUUUACAAGUGAUCUGCCAUUUUUAAUGGAAGCUCAUCUCAAAUUCUGACAUGGUGCAAUUAUUUUAAAUAAAUUAUGGAAAUCUAUAGAGUAUUAAAAUAUUCAGUUCUCCAAGAGAAAGUUGAUGCUUGCCAUUAUUUACAUGGAAUGUACUAUGAAGGCUUUACGGGAAGAAAAAUAUUCUGAUUAUUUUUGAGUUGCUAAAACAAAGUAGAUCGAAUAUGCA